UCUUCCAGCUCCACCUGUGUUGAUGGGACCGCUGAUAGCUAACACCGUUCUGUCUGACGGCGAGCGGGUACAUGAAAACAAGAUCAGGGGAACAACGUCCUUUGUCAACAAUGGCGAGGGCCUAUUCGUGUCCUAUUCAACAGGAGGCAAUAGAACACUCAUAAGGAUAAUCAUAAUUAAUUUUGAAGACCAUGAUUUUCAAGAAACAAGUAAAUACCAGUGUGGCCGAAUUACAAGCUUACGACGGUAUCCUGCAAGUGAUUACCUUCUGGCACUUGAUACAUUCAGAGGAUUGUUCAUUGUCAAUCCUAUAACCGGAGGCUUUCGACUAUUAUACUCAACCAACACGCCCGUCAAUGGGAGGCGACCCGUACACUUGAACGACAUGGUUGUGACUUCAUCUGGUGUGGUCAUCCUGAGUGAUUCUAGCGAUGUCUAUAAUGUUGACUAUGAUAUAUACAUCUGUAUGGACGGGCGACCUACUGGCAGGAUGCUAGCUUUUGACCUACCCACAGGACGAAUGACUGAAGUUCUGUCAGGACUCUUUAACUUCCCGAAUGGACUCGAACUCACGCCAGAUGGAGACUUGCUAGUUGGGGAAACCUGUCGGGCGAGAAUACACAGGGUCAGUCUGAAAAGAAACUCCUGGCUCCGCGUGGAUCCCUUCUCUCUCAACCUGCCCGGUUUGCCAGACAACAUCCGGUCGUCAGGACGCGGCACCUACUGGGUGGCUAUGUCGUAUGCCAGACACUCCGGAGUCAACAAUCCGGUGGAUGAGAACUCUAGAGUUGCGGAAUUUCGUGGAAUGGGUUUUGAAUGGAUGUCACUGAAUGAGCUGAGAGACCUCUUUAGCAAAUGGGGCGUUGUGGUGGAACUGGACGACACCGGAGCAAUCAUUGGCAGUCUACAUGAUCCAUUAGGUAAAUCUGAUACAUUUUUUGGGGGUGGGGGGUGUUGGUUGAACCGGGGGGGGGGAGGGGAGAUUUAUUUACUUAUUUUAGCCAAAUGGUGA